CUCUCUUCAGCGAGGGUCAAAAUGUCCUGCAGGAAGUGGUGCUCACAAAGCCAGGCCAAGUGGAUCGUUGCUGGUAGUGUCAGUGUGACACUGGUGUUGGCCAUUUCGAUGGUUCUGGGACUAACCCUGCAUCGGGGCACCCAACCAGGCUGUGAGCAAGAUGCCGUUUGCCGUCCUGAUGCUGACAUGCUGGACUACAUGCUGAACACAGGCCAAAUCAGCCACCGGGAUGGGCUGCUGGUCACCUGGUACCACGCAGCCAACAGCAAGAAAGAGAUGGAGGCUGCCCUGAACAGCGACAUCAUGGUCUUGGAAGCAGACGUCAACGUAGAAGGGUUCAAUACAGCCAAUGAGACCGGGGUGCCCAUUAUGGCCCACCCCCCAGCCAUCUACAGUGACAACACCCUGCAGCAGUGGCUGGAAGCUGUGCUGGCCUCAUCUCAGAAGGGCAUCAAACUGGACUUCAAGAGCCUUAAGGUUGUGGGCCCCUCCCUGGACCUUCUUCGGCAGCUGACCGAGGCUGGCAGGAUUCGCAGACCUGUGUGGAUCAAUGCUGACAUCCUGAGGGGCCCCAAUGUGCCCAUCUCAGUUGAGAUCAACGCUACACAGUUCCUGGCGCUUGUCCAGGAGAAGUAUCCAGAAGUCACCAUUUCUCCGGGCUUUACCACUCUUUAUGUGCCUCAGCUGCCGAACAGCACCUACACCCAAGCCAUGGUGGAAGCGAUGCAGAAGCUGGUGGGAGCACUACCACAGAGGAUCACCUUCCCGGUGCGGGCUUUCAUGGCGCGGGCUGCCUGGCCCCACUUCAGCUGGCUUCUGAGCCAAUCUGAGAGGUAUAGUCUGACACUAUGGCAGGGCGCCUCAGACCCUGUGUCAGUAGAAGAUCUCCUCUUCAUCCGGGACAACAGUGCCACUCACCAAAUCUACUAUGACCUCUUUGAGCCUGUCUUGUCGCAGUUCAAGCAGCUGGCCUUGAACACCACCCGGAAGCGAAUCUACUACACUGGUGGCAGCCUAAUCCCUCUUCUCCAGCAGCCCAAGGGUGACGGACUAGAAGUAGAGUGGCUGGUUCUAGAAGUGAAUGGCAGUGGGAGGACAGCAGCCAUCACUGUCCCCGACAAAGAAGGCAUGAUCCUGCUAGAUGCUGGCCUCCGGGAAUCUGAAGCUGGGAGCCCCGUGCCCAUCCUGCACACCCCAGGUGGUCCUGUUCUGACACUGGAGUCAUGUCUGCUGCAGCUGGUAGCUCACUCCAGGCGCUGGGGCAUCCAUGUGAACAUAGUAGAACCCGCAGCUCUCCGACCAACCCUGGCCAUGCUAGCACACCUUUCCACCCUCGGCCAUCUGCCCUGGCCUGUGUGGGUGGGGGCCACAGUCUCGCAUGGUAGUUUUGUGGUCCCUGGCCAUGUGACUGGAAGAGAGCUGCUCACGGCUGUGGCUGAAGUGUUCCCCCAUGUGACUCUGGCACCAGGCUGGCCUGAAGAGGUGCUGGGUAGUGGCUAUCAGGAGCAGAUGGUCACAGAUAUGCUGGAACUGUGUGAGGGACUACGGCAACCCGUGUCCUUCCAGCUGCAGGCUAGGCCGCUGGGCCGGAGUACAGCCACAUCUGUGGCCAGGCUAUUGGCAGCCUCUCCUCGAGCCACGGUCACAGUGCACCUCAGCGUUGCUGGGAACGGCUAUGCAGAUGUGUGGGCUGGAUUGUGGGUGGCCAGGGCCAUGGACAGGACCAGAGUCUAUUACAGGGUACCCCAGGAGUACCGGGAAGACUUGCUGGCAGAUGUGAGCACGAGUGCACCCCGUAGGACUGGACCAUCUAAUGUGGAAGGCUUCCCUGGGGAGUCAGGGUGA